AUGGGCUGUUUUCUGCCUGACUUUAGAGGUGCGGGAGGUGGAGUGGAUGGCUGGGAUGCCAGGGAGUGGGGCGAGACCUUCAUCCAGCAAGGGGGGGAUGAUGUGCAGCAGCUCUGCGAGGCGGGCGAGGAGGAAUUCCUGGAGAUCAUGGCACUGGUGGGCAUGGCCACCAAGCCCCUGCAUGUCCGCCGCCUCCAGAAGGCCCUGCGCGAGUGGGCCUCCAAUCCGGGGCUCUUCAGCCAGCCCGUCUCAGCUGUGCCCGUCAGCAGCAUCCCCCUCUUCAAGCUCUCUGAAGCUGGCGGGCGCAAGGCGCUCAGCAACGGGCAUGCCAGUCCCAGCGAGGCCGUGGGCAAGGGGGGUGGCAGCGCUGGGACGCCCCCGGCCCGCAGCCCCACGGAGCCGGGAGAGAAGUUGUCACCAUCGGCGGGCCCGCCGCGGCCGCGG